AGGCGUCCCUUCCACCGGCAGAAUAUUGAGGGCUGACCCGGUGUUUGGCUUGGAGCUAGGGGUGGGAUUUCCAGCUCCCUUUUCUGUCAUUGGUUAAUAUUUUAUUCUGUUGACAUGUUUUCUUACUGCUAAUACUUCCGACACCUUCUUUUUCCCCCUAGUCUCGAUCUUGGCCGGAGCUGUUAAAACCACGCCUAUGGAGACUCACAAUUGGUCCAAAAAGCGUAAAAUCAGCAAUCAAGGGGCUUGGUUCAUUAGUGAGAGGAUCAGAGCAGGAAUGACAUGUGAGACAGUCACAGUUUUACAGAGUACAGAGCAAGAUCUAAUCAUUUCAACUUGGUUUUUUGAAUAGCAUGGUUUCCUACGGCAGCUCAUCUUCCUUUUCACAGUAAUUCUAUUUUUUUUAUGCGGCACUGCAAACAAUCGCUGGCUCCUUUGAAGCCGAGACACGAAUUUCCAAAGACGGUCUGAACUGCAGGACAUCAGAGGCGACAUCUGGACUAUCGAGGUUGAUUUUUCGAAUUCCAGAUUCUUGCGUUCACUGCUAUAAGUUUCGAGUUUAUCUUUAAGCUUUCACACCUCCGGUGAAUAAUACGUUGAACGGUACAGUAAUUCUUCCUGGAGUUUUUGGAUGCACCGAUGAGAGAUCCAGCUUUCCCGGGGACUGCCAUGGCAUAUCACCCAUUCCACGCGCCCAGACCGGCUGACUUUCCAAUGUCUGCUUUCCUGGCGGCGGCACAGCCCUCUUUUUUCCCAGCUCUGGCUCUGCCUCCCGGUGCCCUCACCAAACCCAUCCCGGACCCGACGCUGGCCGGAGCAGCCGAGGCCCUGGGUCACCAUCACCAGGCGGCCCACUUAAGAUCACUUAAAAGCCUGGAGCCGGAGGAGGAGGUGGAGGACGACCCAAAAGUCACACUGGAAGCUAAGGAUUUGUGGGACCAGUUUCAUAAACUGGGAACGGAAAUGGUGAUCACCAAGUCUGGAAGGAGAAUGUUCCCUCCAUUCAAAGUUCGGGUAAAUGGCCUCGAUAAAAAGGCCAAAUACAUUUUGUUGAUGGAUAUCGUGGCCGCAGAUGAUUGUCGCUAUAAGUUCCACAAUUCUCGGUGGAUGGUCGCUGGGAAGGCUGACCCCGAGAUGCCCAAAAGGAUGUACAUUCACCCGGAUAGCCCGGCUACUGGAGAGCAGUGGAUGGCUAAGCCCGUUGCAUUUCAUAAACUCAAGCUGACCAACAACAUUUCUGACAAGCACGGUUUUACAAUACUUAAUUCUAUGCACAAGUACCAGCCCAGAUUUCAUAUCGUGCGGGCCAACGACAUCCUGAAACUCCCGUACAGCACCUUCAGGACUUACGUGUUUCCCGAGACGGAUUUCAUUGCAGUCACUGCCUAUCAAAACGACAAAAUAACACAGCUAAAAAUUGAUAAUAAUCCGUUCGCAAAAGGGUUUAGAGACACGGGCAAUGGAAGGCGAGAAAAAAGGUUUGGUGAUUCUGCCCCUCACAGGAAGCAGCUGGCCCUGCCUUCAUUGCGCAUGUACGAAGACCAGUGCAAGGCGGACAGAGACGGGGGCGACUCUGACGCCUCCUCCACAGAGCCCCCUGCCGGCAGAGAUCCCAUCCAUUCGCCGCUCGGACCCAUCGCCAGCCCCCUGCGAUUCAACAGAAGUAGUAGAGAUGAAAAGCUCUGCACUGACAGCGAUCAAGAACUUGACAGACAGGAUGAACGUUCAGCCAGUUUGGUCAGCCCUGGUCCUGAACCAUUGUCCCCAGUCAGUCCAAGGUCUGUUGACCGCGUUAAAGAAAGACCUAGCCCUGAGAAAAAGGAUGAAAGCUCUGAUUCAAGAAAAGAAAAUGACUCGAUUUUUGGCAUCAGAAAUCUAGAAAAAGACAAACUGGAGAGUCGACACCGGAAAGAAACAGAGUCGACCAAGAAAGACAUGGAGUCUGGGAGCUUAAGCAGCAGCAAAGAGGGCUUCACCCCUUUAAUGGUCCAGACUGAAAGCCCCUCACAUUUUACUACUGGGCAUUUGCAGAGCCUGACCCUUUCUGGGCUGCAUGGGCAGCAGUUUUUUAACCCUUUAAAUGCCGGACAACCUUUGUUUAUUCACCCAGGACAGUUUGCCAUGGGCCCAGGGGCAUUCUCUGCAAUGGGCAUGGGCCAUUUACUGGCAUCAGUAUCUGGAGCAAGUAGUCUGGAAAAUGGUGCCCUGUCCACACCUCAGGGGGCAGGCGGCACACCAACUCCCUUCCCUUUUCACCUGUCACAGCACAUGCUGGCAUCUCAGGGUAUCCCAAUGCCUACUUUCGGAGGCCUGUUCCCAUAUCCCUAUACGUACAUGGCAGCAGCGGCUGCGGCUGCAUCUGCUCUUCCCACCAGUAGUGCUGGCAGUUCUCUCUCCAGAAAUCCUUUCCUCACUAGCUCUCGACCCAGGCUACGGUUUAACCCCUACCAGAUUCCAGUCUCCAUUCCUCAAAGCACGAACCUCCUCACUACUGGCUUGCCAAACUCCAUGAGCCUGGGCUCCGAGAGUUCAAAAUCUGGAAGCAGGGAAACCAGUCCCAUGCCAGAACAUCAAAGUCAUAAAUCUGGAGGCAGCCAUAGGACCACUUCUCCUAAAACCUCAGUGAAAGAGUCUAUCAAUGAACUACAGAAUAUACAGAGGCUUGUCAGCGGGCUGGAGGGCCACCGGGAAACAUCUCCAGCCAGGGAUUCCCCCAAGUGACCUGUGUUAGAACCUCUCAACUUGCCUUGACAGAUUUAGGGGUCACUAGGAAUUCAUUUGUACAGCACACAAGCGUAACUAUUGCAGCAUGGAUGUCUGGAUGGAUGGAAGAAUGAGGAGCAAAAAGGAGUUAAAAUGUUUUCAGGGAUUGCUACAAAUACCUGAACUACAACACUGUUUUUCAGAUAGUAUAUUAUUGGAAUAAUAUGUAAAAUGGACAUGUGUCGAAUGAAGAUUCAAGGAUUUAUUUUUUAAAAUAAGGCAUUUUAACCUAAAGGACAAAAACCACUGAUGACACUGAAUAAGACAUUGUGGGAAUGUCACGAAUUAACCUUAAAAUAAUAAAGAAUAAUGCAGAAAACUAUAAUAGUGUAAUUUGUUAAAACAGCUCCAUUCUCGGCUCAGGUGCCCAGAUGAGUACAUGCAGACAGUGGUCUAGUUAUUAAUAUGAAUAUUGCUAAUGAAAAAGGACUUUUCCGACUGAGUCUGACAUGAUACGCUCAUCUACCGAGUCCACGAAAUGCUGUUAAGAAGGACAAGGAAGACUCGCAGGAUGGGUUCUAAAACGAAGCGAAUGACGCUGCGAAAGAGGGAGAAGAAAUAAGAAACCUUUACAACAAUCAAAACGAAUUGGUCGUAUAGUCACAUCGGAGGACUGUGCAUCCAACCUCAAAUAUUUAUGUAAUUAAUGCGUAAUUCUGUAAAUAAGUCGAAGAACGGCAGAAUAUGCAAACUGGUUUUAAUUUAUUUAAAGUUGUACAUUGACUUGUACAUAAUAUUUAGAGUUUAACUCAUUGCAUUUAUUAUUUUCAUUUUACAUGAGCAUAUAUUGUAAAUUAAAUCAUAGCGCUUUGUGGUUUGAAAAAAAAAGAAAGGGUUUCUAUAAUAUCUUUUGUUUUUAUUAUUGUAUUUUUGCCCGCAACACUUCAUGGAGUCACCCGUGCCAUCAUGAAAUAGACUUAGUAACGCAGGACACUGCUUGCAGAAUCAUGUAUGACGAGGCAGAAGACGUACAAAUAAAUAGUAGGAAACCUCAGGGUUUUUCACUCCAAGUCUAUGGGGUGCUAUAGAGAAUUUACAUCGAAAACGUGUCUCAGUUAUGCAGUUUAUUCGGGUAAAUUCUUCCUGUUCUACUUCUUUUUUUUUUUUUUAUUUUCUCACACUUUCAAUAAAAAAAAACAAGAUGCUAUA